GGUUAAGGGCAGGAUCAGCUCACAUCUCUCUCUCUCUCUCCCACAAUUCUUCUAUAGAAAUUUUAGCUAUCUGUGUACUUGAGUUAUGCAGCAGGCACUUCCAUACAGAGCUUGGCUGCCGGUGGGGGCAUCUGGGAGCGCAAUAGGGCGGGCGUCGCCGGCGGUUCAUAUGGAGGAGGCUUCGUCGUCGUUGGCAGGAAAGAGUGUGAAGGGAAUGGUGUCGGAGAACGCGGUGAUAGUGUUUGGCAAGAGAGGGUGUUGUAUGUGUCAUGUGAUGAAGAGAUUGUUGCUGGGUUUGGGAGUGAACCCAGCUGUGUGUGAGGUUGAUGAAGCGGAUGAAGUGCGUGUGGUGGAGGAGUUGGCUACAGUUGGUGAUGGGAAUAAGGAUCAUGGGAGACCCCAGUUCCCGGCCGUGUUCAUCGGAGGAAGGUUGUUUGGAGGGUUGGAUCGGCUCAUGGGUGCUCAUAUUUCUGGUGAUUUGAUUCCUGUUCUGAAACAAGCUGGGGCCUUGUGGCUUUGAUUAACUACUACUUCUUAUUCUUUUCUCCUCCUCCUUCUCCUCUUCAAGUAAAUAUGUAGGAGAGGAAUGCAGACCUGUUUUUCUUUUUUUUUUCUUUCCUUUGGAUUGACAAGCAUGCGAUAAGGAAAAAAUUUAGAAUUGGGAUAUAAUUAAAAGCCAGAACGACAUGACAAGGGUUGGUAGAUUAUAUGAUUUUUGUUUCAGUUUUUGCCCUUUGUAGAUUAAUGGGUUUGAUUUGUUUGAAUUUUUAUGAAUUGGAGAACUAAUGCUACCUCUCUCUCUCUCUCAAAAUGUGGUGUAAGCUCUCUCCUGUUCUGCUUUUCCUCUCUGUCCUUGCCUUUUUCUUUUUCAUUUUCAAAUUUCAAUAAAGAUUUUGUUCCUUGCCAUUUACUUUUCAUA